GACUCGGGGUGAGCGGCCUCCCUUAUAUAGAGAUACACGACUUCUGAAUUUGGAUUGUAAAUAUGUCUCCUGCAUGUGGCUCGGGUUCUUCAUCUGCUGUACAGAGGAUUUGUUCCUGGUAACUCCAAGUGUCCUUCCUCCAGGAAAAGAUCUUUGCGUAGGGCAGCAGAACUGGUUGCUGCUGAUAACAUUCCUGAUCAUCCUUCUGAAGCAAAGACUCUGUGCAUGGGGUGGCAGUGCACAGCCUCACCUCAGCAACUGUUGAUGUGGGCAGGAUGAGUGCUGCGUCAUGAUGAUGGCACGGAAACAAGAUGUGCGCGUGCCCACCUAUAGUGUCGGCGUGGUGGGACUGUCUGGCACAGAAAAGGAGAAAGGCCAGUGUGGCAUUGGGAAGUCGUGUCUGUGUAACCGCUUUGUACGACCAAGUGCAGAUGACUUCCACUUGGACCACACAUCCGUCCUAAGCACUAGUGAUUUUGGGGGCCGUGUCGUGAACAAUGACCACUUUCUCUACUGGGGUGAAGUGGUUCGAUGCCUGGAGGACUCUGUUGAAUGCAAGGUCCAUGUGGUGGAGCAGACAGAGUUCAUUGAUGAUCAGACCUUCCAGCCUCAUCGCAGUACAGCACUGCAGCCUUACAUUAAACGAGCAGCCUCCACCAAGCUGGCCUCUGCCGAAAAACUCAUGUACUUCUGCACAGAUCAGUUGGGUUUGGAACAAGACUUUGAGCAAAAGCAGAUGCCUGAGGGCAAGCUGCUCAUAGAUGGCUUCCUGUUAUGUGUGGAUGUUAGUCGUGGUAUGAACAGGAACUUUGAUGACCAGCUAAAGUUUGUGUCCAACUUAUACACUCAGCUAGCCAAGACGAAAAAGCCUAUUGUACUAGUACUGACCAAGUGUGAUGAAGGUGUAGAACGCUAUAUCCGUGAUGCUCAUGGAUUUGCACUCAACAAAAAGAACUUGCAGGUUGUAGAAACCUCCGCACGAUCUAACGUCAAUGUAGAUUUAGCAUUUACUGCCCUGGUUCAGCUGAUUGACAAAAGCAGAGGAAAAUCUAAGAUCAUUCCAUACUUUGAGGCUCUGAAGCAGCAAAGCCAACAGAUUGCAGCGGCAAAAGAUAAAUAUGAGUGGCUGGUGAGUCGAGUAGUCAAGUCUCACAAUGAUACUUGGCUCAGUGUUAACUUGCGCAUGCAAGGCUCAAAUGAGUAUCAGGAUUAUAUGUACCUGGAAGGCACUGACAAAGCCAAGAAGCUUUUCAACCAGCAUGUGCAAAGGCUCAAACAAGAUCACAUAGAACGCCGGCGUAAGGUUUAUCUGUCCAGUUUGCCAGUUGCCCUAGACAGCCUUGUGCCUGACCUUGAUGAAAUAGACCACCUGAACUGGGCAAAGGUGGCUAAAUUGCUGGAGACUAAAGCAGACUUCCAUAAGUGGUUUGUGGUCUUGGAUGAUACACCUUGGGACCUAACAAGUCACAUUGACAAGAUGGAGGAUAACCGCAUACCUUAUGACCUAUUGGAUUUGCAGGCAGCUGCAGAUGUGUACAGUGUUCAUCUAGAGAAACUCAAGACUGCCAGGAAAAAGUCAGAAAUGAAGAGAGCUUUCAAGGAGAACCUUGGCACAUCUCCAUUCAUCACACCAGGAAAGCCUUGGGAGGAGGCUCGCAGUUUUAUUAUGAGUGAGGAGUUUUACCAGUGGCUGGAAGAACCAGUAUACAUGGAUAUCUACAGCAGACAUCAAAAAGAGAUAAUUGACAAGGCCAAGGAAGAGUUUCAUGAACUGUUGCUUGAGUACUCAGAGCUGUUCUAUGAGUUGGGUCUUGAUGCCAAGCCCAGUAAAGAGAAGGUCCAUGUGAUUCAGGAUGUUUUAGGUGAAGAGCAGCGUUUCAAAGCACUGCAGAAACUUCAGGCAGAUCGAGAUGCCCUCAUCCUCAAACAUAUUCACUUUGUCUAUCAUCCUACUAAGGAUACUUGCCCUAUUAACCCUUUCUGUGUAGAUACAAAGAUUGAGCAUCUGCUAAACUCUCGGUGCACAUACCCAUAUGACCGUGUCCACAAGGACCCAAAUGUGGACAGGAUCAACUUGGUUAUCCUUGGCAAGGAUGGACUUGCACGGGAACUUGCCAAUGAGAUCCGAGCCCUGUGCACCAAUGACGACAAGUAUGUAAUUGAUGGAAAAAUGUAUGAACUCUCCUUGAGACCCAUUGAGGGCAAUGUACGGCUCCCUGUCAACUCAUUUCAGACGCCCACCUUCCAGCCCCAUGGCUGCCUUUGCCUGUAUAACUCCAAGGAGUCUCUUACUUAUGUGGUGGAGAGUAUUGAGAAGAGCCGAGAGUCUAGUCUAGGCCGUAGAGAAAAUCACCUGCUUCAUUUGCCACUUACUUUAAUCCUUGUCAAUAGGAGGGGAGAUACAGGUGGAGAGACCGCAUACAGCCUCAUUCAGCAAGGUCAUCAGACAGCUAGCAAGCUGCAGUGCAUCUUCCUUGAUGCUGCUUCUACAGGAUUGGGCUAUGGUCGUAAUGUUAAUGAGAAGCAGAUCAGCCAGAUCCUUAGGGGGCUGCUUGAAUCCAAAAGAAAUCUGAAUCUCAUAAGCACUACACCAAGCAUCAAAGAUCUAGCUGACUGUGACCUUCGUAUUGUCAUGUGCCUGAUGUGUGGAGAUCAUUUUAACAUAGAGGAUGUGAUAAAUGCUCUAAAACCCCACACUUUUCGACCUCCUCAGUGUGGUCUUGGUGGCUCUGUACUGCUUGACCUGCCAAUCGGGAGUCAGAAGCGACGCCUGGAGCUACUCAUCUCAUCAUAUCAUGCAUCCUUUAACAUUCGCAAAACUCGACUGGUACAUGGUUAUAUGGUCUUCUAUGCAGCUAAGAGACGCGCAUCCCUAGCUAUGCUGCGGGCCUUUCUGUGUGAAGUACAGGACAUUAUCCCUAUUCAGCUCGUUGCUCUGACAGAAGGUCCUGAAACACUAUUGGACAAUGUGGCGCGGGAUCAACUGAAGGAGGCAGAGGAGAUAGCUCAGGAUAUUGAUGGAAAAUUCCUGACAUUACCAUGUGGACAGGCACAACCCAAGUUUGACUUAUUCUAUCCCUAUUUUAAGGAUGUCAUGGAGAAGAAAGUAAUCAUUGAAGCAUCACACAUGUAUGAUAACACAGCAGAGGCUUGUAGCACGACCGAAGAAGUGUUCAGCUCACCUCGUGCAGGUUCACCUCUUUGCAAUUCCCAUCUGCAUGACUCUGAAGAGGACCCAGAUACACCCUCUCAGCACAAUCUGUUCCGGGAUGAGUCAAGCAUGGGAACGCACCACAGGGAACACUCAAAAUUGGCCAGAGAACUGGAGGAGAGUGAGAAUCUCCCCUACAUCUCUGUCAUGAGCACCUUAGAGAGCAAACUCAACAACAAGGUACCUCCACCCCUCAAACCAAAGCCCCCAAUCCCAUUUGAAAUCUCCAAGGCUGAUCUAUCCUACCUAGAAGCAGGGGGAAGGGACGGGCACAGGAGGUCCCUGACCUCCAUCACCUGGCCCCCAUCUGAAUCAUUUGACCCUUCGGAUUAUGCUGAGCCUAUGGACUCUGUGGUUAAACCAAGGAACCAGGAAGAAAAUAUCUAUUCCGUGCCCCAUGACAGUACCCAAGGCAAGAUAAUCACGAUCCGAAAUACAAACAAGCCCCAGUCCAAUGGUAGUGGCAAUGGCUCAGACAGUGAUAUAGACACAAACUCACUGGAGAGAGCACGAAAAGCAUCCAUAAUUACCAAGCCAGUCAUGUACCGUACCAAGUGUGCCAAACUUGGAAAAUUCUCCAGCUAUCGAAGCAGCUUGAGUGUAGGAAGUGACGAUGAACUGGGACCAAUGCGAACGAAAGAGCAAGAGAUUGGAACUCCAGGACCGAAGGGCGACAACACUUCAAAUUCCUUUGAGGGAGAUGGAGAGGACCCACGUAGGAGAAACAUACUGCGCAGCUUGAGAAGGACUGCUAAGAAAACGAAAACCAAGGUUCGUCCUCCCAUCUCCAAGACUAUGUGGGAGAGUAACUACUUUGGAAUUCCACUAUCUAGUGUUGUGACUCCUGAAAGGCCUAUCCCCAUAUUCAUUGAGAAGUGUGUGGAGUACAUAGAAGCCACGGGUGAGGGGAUGAGCACUGAAGGUAUUUAUCGUGUUAGUGGGAACAAAUCCGAAAUGGAUUCUUUGCAAAGGCAGUUUGAUCAAGAUCAUGACCUGGAUUUGGCAGAGAAAGAUUUCACAGUGAACACUGUGGCUGGAGCCAUGAAGAGUUUCUUCUCUGAGCUGCCAGACCCUCUAGUGCCAUACAAUAUGCAGGCUGAGCUGGUGGAAGCAUACAAGAUUAAUGAUCAAGAGCAGAAACUUCAGGCCAUGAAAGAUCUUCUCAAGAAAUUCCCCAAGGAAAAUCAUGAGAUCUUCAAAUAUGUCAUUAGUCACCUGAACCGGGUGAGCCAACAUCAUCAUAUAAAUCUCAUGACUAGCGAGAAUCUUUCCAUUUGUUUUUGGCCAACGUUGAUGCGCCCAGAUUUCACCACCAUGGAUGCUCUGACAGCGACUCGCACCUACCAGACAAUCAUCGAGCUCUUCAUCCAUCAGUGCCCUUUCUUCUUUUACCAGCGCCCUCCCAUGGACCUACCUACUCCAAGCUCCCCUUCUACUCCUCCUCUUUCUCAGCCUUCUCCUCCUCAGUCUCCUCCUCUAACCCCCGUGUCACCUUCGCAGACCCUGCUACCCACCGAGCAGAACAUCCUGUGACCGUCCCCUCCCAUCAGCUUCUAGUCACCUGGAGGCAGUAUCUGCCCCCUCUCUGCCACUCGCUGACCUCUUGAAGCGGGCCAGUGGCAUUACAUAUGGGACCACUAAAGCCAUGGAGAGACUGAGAGUCUGAGCCAGGAAUGUACCCUAUGAUGGAGAGAGGCUGCAUCACUACACCAUUUAAA